AUGAAGUUUCUGUUGACCUUUGUGACCCUGGCCUUGGCAGCUGCUGAGACAGUGGACUCCACUUUGGAGGCUCUUGAGGCGGAUGAUUCAUGUGCAGCCGGGGGAGACUGCAGCCUGGAACUGAACCAGCUUCGUGGCAUGAAGGACGUGAACUACCAUGAUGCUUUGAUGGAAGAGGACGAAGAUGAGGAAGCCAAUGUGGAAGGUGGCGCAUGCACCAACAGCAAGGACCUGAACUUCUGGAAGAAAAGCGGAAGGAAGAGCUUCGACCCUUCACUGAACCAGUGCGGCCGUUCCUGCGCUGCAGGCUUCGCUUGCACCAAGAGCUGCAUGCAGGGAAAGGGUUACUCCGAUGGUUGUGCUAGCUGCAUGGCCAAAUUGGUGGAGUGCUCCCGUGACAAGUGCAUUGGUUCAUGCAUCAGCAACGACAAGAGCGCUGCCUGCACUGGUUGUGUGAAGAGAGGCUGCCGUCCAGGCAUGAAGGCUUGCAGUGGCCUGAAUGCUGGCGGCCACUGA